AUGGCGGCACCUGUGGCUCAGGAAGAACUACCCAUCCUUGAGGCGGUGAUCAACAUCCGAAACCGCCUUACCGCUCUAAAGAAAGACAGAGGGGAGUAUAUAAAGUCAUCGGACGUGAACGCGCUUUACCAAGCUAUUGUUAAACAAGUGACCCGUCUGAACGAAGUCCGCGAUGACCAUACAACAUACAACAACCGCCUCGACACGACACUCGCGGACGUCUUCAAUCUUCUAUCUCUGUUCUUCCUCACUAUCGGGAAGACGAGGGAAUGUCCGGCUACGUACAGCCAGAUUGCCAGUAUGCGGCUUCAUCAUUAUACCGAAUAUGGUUGGGCGCGAUUCAUGGAGGAUAUGAACAGUGGGCCCGCUGUGGCCUCUUUGUUACGUCCGGACAUCUCGGAGUCACUUAUAUGGUCCAGGCGACAUGAACAGCAGCUGUUCAUCGUCCUUCAUCGCUUGCAGGACUCGCUUGCAGUUCUCUCUCCAGAACUUGUUCCGAUACACGAGCGGUUGGUUAGCAUACGGCGGCAGCUGGUCGCCCUCGCUGCAAAGGAGACAGCUAGGGAGGCGGCGAAUGCCAACGCAUUUGUUGUGAAGACGGCAAAUACGUUCCCUAUGAGAGUGCCAUCAAAGGAGUCUACGCCGCCGAGAGACGACGCCUCGUCGGGAUACGAAUCGGCACCUGGCAGCGAUGCCGAAGCCAGAACGCCAACAAAGGAGACAACAUCCAAAGGCGAAGGCUCAAAGGAAAAGGAUGGUCUCAAAGUGAAGGCGGAACUGAAGGCGCUGCAAGAAGAGUUGCGCAAGAUUGAUUCGUUGAGUGUGCUUUUCGAUCGUGACUCUGAAUUGACCGUUGACAUGGUUAGCGCCCCUUCGUCCUUGACUGUCACAUCUCGUCGCGCUGUUCUUCCUCGUGUGGAUGGCAAGUUCCUGGGGCCAGGGGGCAUGGUGCCUGCGUCGCAAGCAGUAUGCUCGUCGCUGCUUGAGGAAUGUUUUGAGAUCGCGCAGGAGAUCCGUGCGCAGGACGACUCUAAACAUGUUGCGUCGUCCCUCAAACCUAUCUACGACAGGCUGAGCGAGAUCAGGAGAGAACUGGAGCAGUUGGUCAUGACGCAUCGGUGGAGUCUCCGCGAGACGGAUUUGUGGAACUACAGUCUCAGUCUACAGGAGAUCGACAAGAUGCGGGUGGACGGGAAGUUUGUCGACUUGGACGGUAACCGGCCGUCAGGCCAAUAUGUGUUGCUGUAUCUUCUCAGACGAUGUUAUGGCCUUAUCUACCGGCUGCUAUCGUCUAGUGAACCCGUAUCGGAGGAGCUGAUGCCUAUCGCGAACAAGCUAUCGACGGUGAAGAAAUGCCUGAACGAAGUGCUCAAAUACGGUGGCCCGUUCUCGCCGCGAGACCUGUAUCCUUACCAGCUUGCGCUUUAUCAAAUUGAUUCGAUGCGGAAGGACGGCAAGUUUGUCGGCGUGGACGGAUCGAUUCCGGAGGGACAGGGUAUCGUCAUGGCGCAUCUGAACGAGUGUCAUGAGCUAUUAGAAAUGCUGAGAGAGUCGAUGGAGGGGGCUGAGGAUGUAGGAUUUGAAGACGGAGAGGAUGAGUACAUAUUUGACGACGAGUCGGGGGAGGAGGAUUAA